AUGAACAAUAGUCUGAUUCCCGAAGUUCUGGAGAGCAAACGAGUGGCCUAUGAGUGCACGUGUGGUUCCCUUCAGUCCAUUCAUCGCAUAUACUUCUGCCGCCACUGCCAUCAACUCAGAUGUCGGGACUGUGUCUCGCAUGAGGUGGACUCCCAGUACUGUCAACACUGUCUCGAAUACAUCCCAUCCAUUGACGCCAAACUCAAGAAGAAUAAGUGCGCCUCUUGUUUCCAGUGUCCCUCUUGUAUGCAUACAUUGACCACAAGAGCGAUCAUCACUCAGACUCCGAACCCUUUGGAUGCCACACAAACUCAGCCCAAGAAAGUGUUUUUCCUGAUCUGCUAUUACUGUCGCUGGUCUUCCAGAGAUAUCGGAAUCCCUGACCAAUCAGUGGCGUCUGGAAAUUGGCCCGAAUUGGAGACACCGAACGCCAAACGACUGGACGCUCUGUUGGAUCGCUACAGACUGUUAGCCCAGAGGGAGAAGUUGGACAAAGAGAAGAAGAGGAUUAGUCCGCGCUCUGCAAUCAUAUUGCUUGACAAAUACGGCAUCACUCCCUCCCUCUCCCCUAAAGUGACCGCCACUUUGAGGGCCAAGAUGGCUAAAAGCAGUUCCGGUUUCUCAUUGUCUGAUCUCAAGUCUCCGACAGAAAUUAAUGACUUUGAGAGCUCUGUGGCCACCGAUGAGAUCGAACCGCUCGAUAUCAGUGCCUAUUAUAACGCCUCACAGGACACAGAUUUAGGCCGCACGUCAUCACUUAGACAGCGUCUAAUGCAAGUGGAGUCUCAGCCCAACGACUCCUCCCGUUUAUACCCCGUCUCGCAAAUGCUUUUAGUGAAGCACUCGUUGCGAUGCAAGCAAUGCGAUCACAACUUAAGUAAACCUGAAUACAACCCGUCGUCCAUUAAGUUUAAGAUACAACUCAGCGCUUAUUAUCACAUCCCAGAGCUUCGAAUCAAAGCCAUCCCUCAGCUAAAGAGGGGACAAGAUUUUAGGCUUGAGAUGACUCUACAAAACCCAACUCCUUAUGCACUUCACGUCACUAUCUUUGAUUUGGCCGAGAAUUCCGAUGAGAGCGCAGCCAUUCAAGUGCCAGACUUUGUGAUGGGUUUGUCGCCUAAAGACGACACCGCGGACUUAGACAUCGACCAGAACUUGAAGUCCCAGUUCAACGACGAUAAGAAUUUUAUUACGUUCCGAAAGGGAAACAAAUUAGGAUUUUACAUAAAUGUGUGUCCAUUAAAGUCAGGCGAAUGUCGGUUCAAGAUUGGCAUGAAACACGACUUCGUGAACACAGUUAUACAGUCCUCUAACAGCGGCACUGAUAGACAGCCACAGAUCUCAUGGAUUACACAUAAGAUUUGGAUCAAUUUGGGAGACGUUUCCGAUUGA